AUUUCAACCGGUUGACGGUAGGAAUUAGGAUGUAAUUAUUUUCUCUUCGGUAUGAGGUACGCCAAUAGGUGGCGUUACUGGUAUUUGCACGUGCAAAUUGGGUAAGGUAUAGCCUAUACGUGUCAUUCAGGCGACACAGGUAUACCAGAUCACACGUAAAUUUUAUAGACGACUUUACAUGUUCACUAAUGGAGGGCAGCAGUUCGAAUUCUGCCAGUAGCGUUACCUUAAAUGAUAUAUUCCAACAACUACAAAGCCAGAAAGGUUUUAUGAGAAGUGCUGAAGUGUUAGCUGUACGGAGGUCGGAUAUCCAGAUACGCACAACACAUUUAGAAAUUUUCGUGGAGCGGUCCAAAACAGACGUAUACAGAGAUGGUGCAUGGAUUCUCGUGAGCAGAACGGAGUCGCGUUUGUGCCCAGUGUGUAAUUUUGAAAUUUAUUCAGAGUUGUCUGGGAUUAGUGAUGAUUCCGAGGAGUUUGUUUUUCGUAAUGUCACGAAACAGGGCGAGAAGUAUGUUUUACGGAAGGCUAAUAAGCCGAUGUCCUAUUCGCGAUUUAGAGAGCAUUUUAAAGAAGUGUUUUCUGAUUUUGUGGCGGAUAUUAAAUGUUAUGGUUUACACAGUCUUCGUGCAGGUGGAGCUUCAGCUGCGGCCAAUUGUGGUAUUCCGGACAGGAUGUUUAAACGUCAUGGGAGAUGGAAAUCCGAAACCGCGAAAGAUGGCUACAUUAAAGACAAUUUUGACGAACGUUUAAGUGUUUCUCAACAUCUGAAUUUAUGAUAUUUUUAUUAGAAAUGUGACUAUGUGCGUAUCUUGGUUUAGAUAUAUAUAUUCAAAUUUAUGAAAUAUUUUCCGGAUUUUCCCCCGUUCUUUGAGUUCAUCAGUUAGUCAGUGCCUAUGUCGCUGGGAAAUGCAACUUUUGUGUUUGUGUUCUUUAUCCUAUUGGAUAGUUUAGAAGAGAAUAUAAUUUCAACCGGUUAACGGUAGGAAUUAGGAUAUUAUUAUUUUCUCUUCGGUAUGAGGUACGCCAAUAGGUGGCGUUACUGGUAUUUGCACGUGCAAAUUGGGUAAGGUAUAGCCUAUACGUGUCAUUCAGGCGACACAGGUAUACCAGA